GUUGAAUUCUAAAAUCAAAGCUGUUAAUGUUAUUAUUCAUGGAACAUCAACAAUCCCUGCUCGUCAAGACAGUAGCUCCACUCACAUUUUUCCCCCUUAGCAUGCAUCCAGAGUUGUUAUCUACUUUUUAGUCGCAUACUAGGUAGAAGUUUUAGGAAGGAGAAGGACGCAAAGAUGACCGAACAGCAACCGCAGAUGCAGGAGGUGGCCUACGACCAAGUGCAACAAGGGUACCCAUUUUCACUGUAAAAGAUUUUCUACCAGACUGAAGAGAAAACUGAUAACUUCGGAUUAUAUUCGAAGGAAGAUUGUUCUUGUUGAUGUUGAAGUACGUACUACUUGAUAUGUUCUUGUACUACAACGUCUUCCUUUGAUACUACAAGUACAACGAACACCAAAAAUUAUUGUUGCAAAUUUUCCGAGUCCGACACUACCCGCUCUCAAUCUUCCAGCCCUUAUUAUGGAGCUUUUAUGACAACUGACGGAUACAACGUGCCACCUGGGGUUUUUCAUACGGGUGCGACAGUACAGAUUCCAGGUCAAUCAUUUGUAGGUCCUCCCAUGGGACUCGACGGGCAGCCACUGUUACAACUUCCAGGAGCAGGGCAAGCAGGUUUAAUAUUUGUACGACGAGUAGUUGUUUUUUAUGUUCUAGUUUUCCGGUUUCUGCUAGAUGAAAAUGAGUCAAUCUAGUAGCACUUUCUCGUGACUUGGUGGAUCGGUCACAUAUUUGUUUUUGGUGCGGCCGCCCGUACUAGACCUCAACAAGCAGCUUGUUCAAAGAGAAAGACUUAGUCGCUGGUGUUCGUCACCACCACCAUGAAGGAGAAUACAGGUAUCCAGGCACAGCCAUUGAUGAUCGGCAUUCCUGGAGGAUUUCAUUUCGCGCCUGAGUAUAACGAUGUUCCGGAACCAACAAUGGCGCCAGCAGUCGAUACCGGCUACAAUCCAGGAUACAGUUGUACCUGCAUCAAUACUUCUUAGUUACGUAUGAUAAUGUUGUCGUUGUUCUGUUCCUUCUUCGUGUGACGUAAGGGUGAGAUAGAUGCACUACAUAAAACAGUCAGAAAUUCAGUAUUCGAGGACAUUGUAGUUGUACAUAGAAUGACGUAGAAGUUUUUCAGAAAGAAGAGCUGUACCGUGUCGAUAUGAUUCUGAUAAUUUGAAAGGAGGUUUCUACUUACAUUAUUGCAACAAUACUGGUCAAAUAUACCUUGAUGCCAAUUUUUUACAGCACCGUAUGCCUAUGACCCGGCGUCAAUAACGACCCGUGAUGCCGUCGUCACAAAGAAGAAAGCGGGUGGUAGCGCGUGGUGCAAGUGCUUCGCGAAGAAUUAG